AUGAAGAAAAAAUUUAACUUUUCCGCUAUGAAGUACUUCUUGCAAAAUGAAGUUAAAACUCUACAGGAAUCUGAAAUAGAGGCCUGGUGUGCCGACAAUGCGGGCGUGCGUGUGGGCAUACAGACGGCAAAAAGUGCAUUUUCCACAGGGAAGGAACUCUGCGAUUUAAUCGGAAAAGCGCCAGCUAAAGUAAACGCAUCGAUACUCGCGGACUCAGAUCGGUGCUGCCUUGACUGGGCCGGAAUAAUGCACGCGCAAAGCACCUGCGUAAUAAAAAGAUCGUUUUCGUGCCCCCUCCUCGGCGUCACCCGAAGCAAAAUGAUAGAGAGAUCCCCUCCCGCGUGGCAGUACAUUCCAGAGUGCAGCCUGGCUUUGGAGACCCCGCAAACAAACGCCCCAAAUCAAGAAACAGCGUCUCUGCGCGCCCGAGCAAUCUAUCUUGCAGUUGAUAUUUUCUACGCGCCAAGGUACCAGGAGAUCAAAGCGCAAAUUGCAGGCACUGUGGGACAGGAGGUGCGAGACUGGGAGUACGGCCUGCACGCGCCAGACUCUGUCGUGCUUGUAGUUUCGGAUAACAUUGGAUUUAUCGAAUACUUCUCGGAAAACUACGCCUUUAUCCGCAUCCCCAGAGAGUCUCUGAGGACCCGGGAGGAGAUUGUUAAGGCAAUAGAGGGAAAAGCCCCGUCGCUGGAGCAGGAAAGAACAAAAAAAAUAGUCGCAAAAAUGGCGUGUGCAGAACACCUCCGGGGAUUAGAGCGGAUUGGGGUGGUCUACACGUCGAGCGGAUACGAGGGACUCGCGGACACUGUGUCGAAGUACUUGGACCUGCACAGGAAAAAGUUCUACCACAUUUUCGUCAACGGGCUCAAGCCGAACAAGCUGGAAAACAUCGUGGGAGUGCAGGCUUUUGUGGUUAUAGACUGCCCCUUUUCCAGCAUCAGGUUCGAUCACACCGCUGAAAUCUAUCGGCCGUACGAUCUUUUGCUGGCUUUUUGCAGCACGUGGAACGGCUUCUACAGCACAAACCUGGAGGUCGCCGAGAAGGAGCUGCAGGCAGCGCUUAAGACGGGAAAAGAGGAGUGCGACGAAGAUAAUGCGCCCGUCGCCCAAAAUGGAGUAAACUUCCUGCGGCUGAAAAAGGGCGACCUCUGCUUGAGGGAGCACACCCUGCAGUUCUUCCAGACGGGAGAGUACCUGACAAACCUGAUUGGGCUGGCGGUGGAGGAGAAGCCCCAAGAAGAAAACGACGAACUUCUGGAGGGAUACUCUGGGAUCCCCACGGACUAUGCAAAGAAGCAGGAAAAUGAGUAG